AUGCCGUCUCUCACUCGGGAACAAUGCUUGGCUUACGGUUCACGUCUCAAGGAACGAACCAUCCUCAUCACGGGCGCAGGCUCCGGCUUUGGCCGAGAGACUGCCCUCGCCUUCGCCAAUCUGGGGGCCAAGGUCGUUCUCGGUGACGUCAACCUCACGGGACUUGCAGAGACUGUCCAAAUGGUCCACGCAGCACAUGGAAGUGGCGUAGCAGUAUCGGCCAAGUGUGACGUUACAGCCUGGGAUGACCAGGUCGCGCUGUUCGACCUUGGAAAGAAGACCUUUGGUAGCAUUGACAUUGUGCUCCCCAACGCAGGAAUCAGCGAAGUGGGGCUGCUCAGUGACCAUGCUGGGUCUGGCGACCGUCCCACACCACCGGACAUGACGACACUCGAGGUCGACCUCAUUGGCGUCCUGUACACCACCCGGCUGGCACUCUGGCACUUUGAAAAGGACACGCGCGUCGAUCCAGGGUUGCAAUGUGUCUGCUUUACGGGGUCGCUGUCGACCUUUUAUGGCGCCAACAACGGGCCAAUGUACGGCGCGUCCAAAGCUGGUAUCCUUGGUAUCGUAAAGGGAAUCUUGGAUCAUUGCCAGGACUCUGGAAUUAGGGCCGUCACUGUAUGCCCAUACUUUACCAAAACCGGCCUCAUGACGGACGACUUUGUUCACCCAAACCCCAAGCAGGGUAUGUGUAACAUGGAAGACGUCGUCGCUGCGUUUGUCGUCAGCAUCACGGACCCAGACCACAACUUUGGCUGCUGGCUUAUCCCGGACGCCCAAGGUGUAUUCCGCAUGGAAACGACGGGUCAGCUUGUUGGUGCGGAAGGUGCUCGUAGACCGAAAGCAGAGAAGGUCUCCGCCAAGUUGUGA